AGCGCUUAUUCCUGAUGCACUGAUGGGUAUCUGACGGCGGUGGGCGGGCGCCAGCUAAGAAAAUUAUAAGGUCAUUUGAAUUACGCUUGCUAGCGAUCUUAUCGACUGCAAUAAUCCCAGAUAUGAUAUCAAUAAUUGCGACAAUGGACGGAUGAUGAUCGCGGGGUCAAAGUCGACGCGCACAGUCAGGCGAAUUUGACUCGCGACCCACGGGAGGAGAGCAGCAGCAGCAGCAGCAGCUCAUUGUGGUAUUAGAGCAGGAGGGGGUCCCGGUGCGUGUGGCUGUCUCUUCGUGCGUUUCUGUGAGCCUCUGUCAAGCCAAGCGAGCGGCGGCGGCGAGCAGCGGGCAGGACGACGAGGCUACAGCCGCUAAGCCGAUCAGGGCGAGAGCGCACACAGCGGGCUUCACGUCGGGGAUUCCUGCGCACCUUCAUGCUGUGACUGAGUGGACGAGGUGCAAGGAUGAUGCGUCUAGCGUGUUCCACAGUCCUGCUGUUCGUGCUGAGGCUGCUGGUGGGCUUGCCUUGGUACCAGGUUCUCCCGGCCAUCCUGAUCUUCUACCUGGGAAGUGGAGGAUGGAGCUUCCUGCAGAUUUUCGCCAAAACAAUUGGCAGAGACUUGCAUGCGGCAGGUGUGCUAUUGCAGGUGAAGAUGAAUGUCAGACGCCACCUCAAAAACAAGAACACCGUUCCCAAGAUCUUUGCCGAAACGGUGGCCCGCUACGGGGACAAAACGGCACUGAUCUUCGAGGGGACUGGGGAGAAGUGGACCUUCCGACAGUUGGAUGAGUACUCCAAUAGAGUGGCCAACCUGCUGCUGGAAAGGGGUUUCAAGGAUGGCGACGUGGUGGCUCUUUUCAUGGAGAACAGAUCCCAGUAUGUGGGCCUCUGGCUUGGCAUGGCUAAAAUUGGAGUAGAAGCCGCACUCAUCAACUUCAAUUUAAGACUAGAGGCCUUGGUCCACUGUGUCACCAUCUCCAAUGCCAAGGCUGUGGUGUUUGGCUCAGAGCUGAAUGAAGCGGUUUCCGAGGUCCACAGUUUAAUGGGGAGAGAAGUGCAGAUGUUCUGUUCGGGAGACUGGGACCCCAAACGAGUCCCACGGGGAACCGAGUGCCUAGAGCCCCUGCUGGAUAAUGCCCCGUCUCACCUGCCAAGCCGGCCGCAACGCUGCUUCACAGAUCGCCUGUUCUACAUCUACACGUCAGGAACCACUGGGAUGCCUAAAGCUGCUAUUGUUGUGCACAGCAGGUACUACCGCAUGGCAGCCUUGGUUUAUUAUGGCUUCAGGAUGACUCCCGAUGACGUGUUGUAUGAUUGCCUUCCGCUCUACCACUCUGCAGGUAACAUUGUGGGAGUGGGCCAGUGCAUAUUACAUGGCAUGACUGUAGUCAUCAGAAAGAAGUUCUCUGCCUCGCGUUUCUGGGACGACUGUGCCAAAUACAACUGCACUAUUGUGCAGUACAUUGGUGAGAUCUGCCGAUACCUGCUGAACCAACCAGUUCGGGACAUUGAGCAGCAACAUCGGGUGCGCAUGGCACUGGGCAACGGCCUGCGCCAGUCCAUAUGGGUGGAGUUCAUGGAGCGCUUCAACAUCCCACAGAUUGCAGAGUUCUACGGAGCCACAGAGUGCAACUGCAGCCUGGGCAACUUUGAUAACAAGAUUGGAGCGUGUGGCUUCAACAGUCAGAUCCUCCCCUUCAUCUACCCCAUCAGACUGGUGAGGGUUGAUGAGGAGACCAUGGAGCUCAUUAGGGGACCUGAUGGCGUCUGUAUUCCUUGUAAACCUGGUGAACCUGGGCAGCUCGUCGGCAGGAUCAUUCAGAAUGACCCUCUUCGGAGGUUUGAUGGCUAUGUCAACCAAUCAGCAACCAGCAAGAAGAUAGCUAAUAGUGUCUUCAAGAAGGGAGACAGUGCUUAUCUCUCUGGUGAUGUGUUGAUCAUGGAUGAGUGCGGCCACAUGUACUUCAAGGACCGUACAGGAGACACUUUCCGCUGGAAAGGAGAGAACGUCUCAACGACCGAGGUGGAGGGAACUCUCAGCCGGCUGCUCGACAUGAAAGAUGUAGUUGUCUAUGGAGUGGAAGUACCAGGAGCAGAGGGAAAGGCUGGCAUGGCCGCCAUCGCUGAUCCCACUCAAUCCACUGACCUGGCGAAGUUUGUGAAGGACAUGGAGAAGGCUCUUCCUCCCUACGCCAGACCUGUAUUCCUUCGAUUCCUUCCGGAGGUCAACAAGACAGGAACGUUCAAGUUUCAGAAGAUGGACUUGCGUCGGGACAGCUUUGACCCCAGCGCAGUGUCGGACAGACUUUACUUCCUGGAUUCCAGAAGAGGGUCUUACGUGCAGCUGGACGAGGAGCUUUACCGCUCCAUACUGUCAGGAAAACACAAAUUGUGAUGAGCAGGCUGACCACUACAUCUACACAAGAACACAUAGACGCACACACACAAACAGAUACAGAAAAGAAGACAAUAUUGCGAGACCAGGAUAGCAGAAUGCAGGACCGUGUCCCCAUAAUAAAAUACAUACAAAGUUAUAGCCAUACACACUCCCUUGCACCCAUACUCGAAUGCCCAUUUACGCCUACAAACACACACAAUGUAUUCCCAAAACCACUUUGCUCUUUAAAAUACCUAAAAGCAGACUUACACGCCACACACACACACACACACACACACACACACACACACACACACACACAGCACCACUCCAUCCCCAGCAACUCCUCUCGCUACCUCAGCAAACGCAGAGAGAGGCACAAACCUAGUGUUUGGUAACUUGAAACCACCGUUCAUAGCCACACAAUCCCGGCCCACAGCGGUCUCAAGCAGCCGCGCCAAUCCAUCCUGGUCCAUCGAACCAUGUGUUGCUGGGGGACACAACUGGGAGGGAUGUGUGGACGAGUAGUUGCCUGGCUUCCAGAAUGAAACUAUUGACUACAGAUAUCCACAGACUGGAUGUUGAGAAGGAAAAUGGAAUCAGUACAAAAAGUAUGUGUGUGUGUGUGUGUGUGCGUGUGUGUGUGUGUGUGUGUGUGUGUGUGUGUGUGUGACAACGGAGGGACCCAUGAGGACCGAGACUGUCUCUCUGUUUGUGAGCAAGACUGUUUCAUAAAACACUGGAGGCUCUACCGCCGACUUCCCUGCACAAUCAGCAGUGACAAACCUGCAUGUCAACUACAGCUUUUUGAGGUUAACUUUAUAGUAAUAUUUGUGGCACCUCUCUGGUCUCCUUGUCUUCAUUUCCACCAGGCUCCACAGAGCGUGAGAUGGAAAUAAGCAAAGGACACCAAGGUUUUUUUAAAUUUUUUUAAAGGGAAUACCAUGUGGAUGUUAGGGAUUUCAGAAAGCCUUAAAUUAGACCAGUGGUUGAAGCUGAAAUAUUUACUAAAGUGCAAUAGGGCUCCAGCGUUUGCAGUGCAAUAAUCAGCCGCACCACAUGAGAGCUGAUAUAAAACAAAGAUUUGUAUUUAAAUAUGUCUGCAUCACACCAAAUAUAUUUAAGUUGUAGUGUUUGUUUACAUAUUUGAAAUGAUAUUAAAGUGUUGUUAUUUUAUGUUGUUGUAAAAGCUUUCUCUUUUGUUAUAGUGGAAAUGCAUCGGGUUGUUUUUGCUUCACGUGUAUCUAAAUCUGUGCUUCAGUAACUCUUGGAGUCCUCAAGAAGGAAGCGCAGUAUGCGUUUUAUAUCAGCUGCUGGAACACAAAGUCAAGUGAUCUGAUUGAUUCAACCCUGGGCUAAAUACAUUGGGCUAUUUCCAUUAACAGGACUUUUAUACUGAGCUGACAUGCUGUAUGUUUGUGGCUGUAUUGUGCAGGUGUUGUCCUCAAAAGUAGUCUUAUCCUACGCUGUGUGUGUGUGUGUGUGUGUGUGUGUGUGUGUGUGUGUGUGUGUGUGUAUAUUCUUCUGAAACCUACGAAGAAGACUGAAGAAAAAGAAGCACCAAAUCGUCUGAUCUGGGACUCAUGUUUUCAACAAAAUUCUGGUGCUAAGGAUGGGAUGUACUGCCAGAUUCAAGAGAGCCCAAAGAUUCAAAGAUUCAAAGUCGGGAGUGGGGACAUUGUCGCGGAGGAAACGGAACGGUAGAAGAAGAGAAAAUGUGCUUUGUCAUCGAUGUGUUGGCCGCUGUUUGCAAUAGCUGUCAUCAGAGGUUGUAGUAGCAUGAAUGAGCAUCAUCAACCACGCAAGCAGAGCACUGUGCCUUACUGUGAGUUCACCUCCCAGAUUCACAGGCCCGGGCCCACAUAGUAUCUCAUGUGCUUCCCCAUGUUGGACUUGUUGUUCAGCUUCUAUCUACCAUCAUCUCCAAGUUAGUAUUGCAAGGCUGGCCUAAAUCAUGGGAGCAUAUAUGUUUAUUCUGAAGAGUCCAUGGCAGACCAGCGACUGGCGCCUUCAUCCUGCCAGGUGCAGGAAGAGGUUGGGUUGAUGUGUCAUUGGGCGUCUCCUCCUUGCUUGCUCUCCUUUGAGUGUCCUCUGGUCUUACUUAGUCCAAACUGUAACCUUCCUUUGUCUUCUAGAUUUAUUUAUAGAUAUUGUUCACCCAAGUUUCUAUUGGUCAGCAUCUUUACUUUAUCUUCAUAGUUUACCUUCAUCUGUCUGCUCACACCUCUUCCCUUGUUCCUCUCCCUCUCUGUCCGUGGCACUCCAACCCUUCGAGCUGGCACCUCUGUUUGAUCCUCGCUGUCUCUGUCGGUUAUCGAGUCUCCAUUCUCUGCCGUUUCUGCUUCAUCUUGCUGUGCUCAUGUUCAGAAAAUGGUUUUAAAAAAAACAGUAGUUGAAUACAUUCAGAUAUUUCCUAGGUGGAUUUUCAUUUAGUGUGAGGUUUAUUAUUUUUUUGAGAGGUCCGGUGACAAAGCUCCAACUACACACUCAAAACUGUUCUUGAGUAUCUUUUGCCGAUGUGUGUUGUGCGUAGUCUGCCAUUACCCUGUGACUUUUUGUCAUACUUUUGCAACUGACCACAUCCAAAGUCAUCUACAGUACAGCCAUUGCCAACAGUGGAUGUGUAACUGGCUGUAGUGUCAAGGGCUUAUUGUCCUUUUUUUAGUUUUAUUGCGCCAAUGCUUGUCGCUUUUUCACUUUUAUUUAUUAUUUAAUGAUGAGUGUGAAAUGUGCUCUUGAAUGUCUGAAAAAGCAAAUGAGUGACCAAUGAGUAUGACGAUGUUGUGAAGUAAAGGUUACGUAUCUGA